AUGAGGGAGUGGCUAGGAGGUUUUGGUAAGAAGAUUGGUGUUUGCAGUGUCUAUGUAGCGAAUUAUGGAGAGUGUAAGAAGUUACAGAUUCUUUACUCUCUCUGCCCAUCCACGAUCCAAACCGCUUCCACCCAAAUCAUUGUGAUUUAUUGUUUUCCCUUUUCCACUUCCAAUCUUCCCUAUAUUCAUGCAAUUGAAGUAACCGUUUCAGAAUCGUUUCAAAAGGAGAAUCUGCGAUAUCAAAAAGGAGAAACAGGGUACCAACCAAAAUAUCUGAUACAGCGACGAAUCUGGGGUUUCCGGCGUUACAACGGAUCUGACGUUUUCAUCGGUUUUACAGAGGUGUACGAUUUUCCGGUGGUAGAUCAAUUGUGCCGCGUUUCCGGUGGCGAGUUUGGUGGUGUCGGAUUCGAUAUGGUUGUAAGUUGGGGAGCGUAUCUUCUGUCACGUGACAUAUUGACAGUGUCAUUUGCACCAAGAGAUACUCAUGAAGGGCAGGUUCAAUUUUCUCUUGAACGAGGUGUUCCUGCAUUGAUUGGAAUUCUUGCUUCAAUUAGACUUCCUUAUCCUUCAAGAGCCUUUGAUAUGGGUCACUGCUCAAGGUGCCUCAUUCCUUGGGUCCAACAUGAUGGAAUAUACUUGACUGAAGUUGAUAGAGUACUGCGUCCAGGUGGAUAUUGGAUUCUGUCGAGACCGCUGAUAAACUGGGAGAGACACUGGAAAGGAUGGGAAAGGAUUAAGGAGAGUCUCAAUGAUCAACAAGAUGCAAUUGAGAACGUGGAUAAAAGUUUAUGCUGGAAAAAACUGGUACACGAAACUAGAUACAUGUUUGACCCCACUACCAGAAGUAGACAACAUAAAAGAAGUUGCUGGUGGAGAGUUAUCAAAGUGGCCAAAGAGACUAACUUUAAUUCCCCUAGGAUUAGUACUGAAAGUUUGAAAGGAAUAACAUCAGAGAUAUUCAAAGAAAACACUGAGUUAUGGAAAAAAAGAGUGUCACACUACAAGACACUGGACCCUCAGCUAGCAACCGCAAUUGAUUCUGCCUCCUACAACAAUCCGUCCUUCUCCACAGAUUAG